AUGCACAUCAGUCAAGAAAUUCCUCCAUUUAGACGUGGGAGCAACAAAGCUACACUCUGCCCACCAUCAGAGGACAUAAGACAACUCUUCAAUGGAGGAGAAGAAGAUUCCAUGUCCUCCUCAACUCUAUUUGAUGAAGGGAUCACUUCUGAUUCUUACCAUAUCUACAAGAAAUUGGUGUUUCCUGAUUGUAAGUUAAUAUCUGGAAAUCUCAAUUCUGUUGAUCGAUCCUUUACAGGACAAUGUAACCCUCCAGUUUUUCAGAAAAUGAAUGGAGAAUAUAGUUGUGGUGUUCGCAGUAUUAAGGUUGUGCUUACUAAGAAGCAGUUGGAGGAGGUACUUGAUCAGAGUCCUCAACUUGGAGAGCCUUAUCAGAAAUGGCAACCAUCUUUGCCCACCAUUCCAGAAGAGUGCUUGGUCGAUCAGGGCAUGGCGAUCCCAGAAAAGCUUCUGAAAUUCAAGUAUCACCUCAUCUUUGGAAGUAUUGUCUCAGUUUUGCUCCUUUCGCUGGUCCUGUUGGCGCCCAGGUUCUUUGACCUGCUUGCCUACUUUUGGCCACUCUUUCUCUCUACAGCCAUGUUUCUGGCCACCGCCGUCCUCUUUAGUCGGGUAUCUCCAACGGAAACUGAAGCUUCAGUGGAGAAAGCUGGAGAAGGGAUCUUAGAUUUCGUUGCAGGGCAACCGGGUCAGGUGGAGGAAGAAGAGCCCUCGAAAUCUGAGUGAUGG